AUGGAAACCAAGAAGCUCCAGCCCCGUUUCUCGCUCGGCCGCCAAUCAUCCCUCGCGCCGGAGCGCGCUGGCGCCGGCGAAGCGUCCGAGGCACUGGACCCGACGGUUCGGUUGAUGUAUCUGGCCAACGAGGGAGACUUGGAUGGGAUUGAGGAGCUGUUAGACGCGGGGAGCGACGUCAAUUUCACCGACAUUGACGGGCGCACCGCGCUCCACGUCGCUGCCUGCCAGGGCCGCACCGACGUCGUUGACCUGCUGCUCCGACGAGGCGCUGAAGUCGAACCACGAGACCGCUGGGGCAGCACCGUACCUCUAGCUGAUGCAAUGUACUAUAAAAAUCACGACGUGGUGAAGCUUUUGGAGAAACACGGAGCAAAACCUCCGAUGACUCCUAUGCAUGUAGAGAAUGCUCGAGAAGUACCUGAGUAUGAGAUUGAUCCUUCUGAACUUGAUUUUACUAAUAGUGUUUGCAUAACAAAGGGAACCUUCCGGAUUGCAUUAUGGCGGGGAACUCAGGUUGCUGUCAAGACACUUGGGGAGGAAGUGUUCACCGAUGAUGAUAAAGUAAAGGCAUUUCAUGAUGAGCUUACAUUACUUGAGAAAAUAAGGCAUCCAAAUGUAGUUCAGUUUUUGGGUGCUGUAACCCAAAGCACCCCAAUGAUGAUUGUCACAGAAUAUCUACCCCAGGGGGAUCUUGGUGCCUACAUGAAACGGAAAGGUGCAUUAAAACCAGUAACAGCUGUAAAGUUUGCACUUGAUAUUGCUAGGGGCAUGAACUAUUUGCACGAACAUAAACCAGAAGCCAUUAUACAUCGAGAUCUUGAGCCUUCAAAUAUUCUGCGGGAUGAUUCUGGGCAUCUGAAAGUUGCAGACUUUGGAGUUAGCAAGUUGCUUAAGGUUGCUAAAACAGUCAAAGAAGACAAACCCGUGACAAGCCUUGAUACAUCAUGGCGAUAUGUUGCACCAGAGGUCUAUAGAAAUGAGGAAUACGACACAAAAGUGGAUGUGUUUUCUUUUGCUCUGAUAUUGCAGGAGAUGAUUGAAGGUUGGCCACCGUUUUAUGCAAAACCAGAAAAUGAAGUUCCUAAAGCAUAUGUUGAAAAUGAGCGUCCACCAUUUAGAGCAUUGCCAAAGCUUUAUGCUUAUGGACUAAAACAGUUAAUUGAGGAAUGCUGGGAUGAAAAACCACAAAGAAGACCAACAUUUAGGCAGAUAAUUGGGAGAUUGGAAAACAUCAACUACCAUCUUGUUCAAAAGAGGCGGUGGAAGACUGGAGCUCCUGGAUGCAUCCAGCACCUAGAGGCCUUAUUUAGGGGUAAUCGCACAAGUCCAAGUAGCCGAGCCAUUGUGAGAAUGUUAAACAUGGUUAAUAGUAUUGAAGGGAAUGUACCAAAGAAUUACUGUUUGCGCAAGAAAAAGAAGGGGAGAGUGAAAGAAGAGAUAGAUGUGUACGGUGAAAAGGAGGGAAAGAAAAGAGAACCUUAUUUCCAGAUCCAGAAAGCUGGCUAUGUUCUUUCCAAUAUAUUGGUGUUGUUCAAGAAUGUACUAAUUAAAGUUUAUUUAUUUGAUCCUCGGGCUCGGGUGUGGUUGUGGUUGUGGGGGGGUUCAGUUCUCUUGGAGGGUGCUUGGACUGUAGAUUCUGUUUCACCAACCUUCAACCUUCAAGGCUGUGAUGUGAGCAUUACUCUCCUCCAACUUCUUCACCAGCCACGAUCAGGAAACAAACAGGAAAUAAUUUUGACAAAAACAUACCUUUGA